AUGGAAAAGAGAAAGAGCAACCAAUGGUGGUGGAGGAGGAACCCGAUGGCAAUACAACAAUAUGAUUAUACGGCGUGCUGCACCGGUUUUCUGCAGCAGCUGCCGUCGUUUUGGGGGAUCCAACAGAAACAGACGAGGAAGGGCCGAAGUGGUGCACUGUCAUGGAUGGUGCUGGUAGUAGUAAAGGCAGAAGGUGUCAAAAUUGAGCAGAUCGUCCUCCCGUCCGGCGGCGGUGAUCUCGCCAAAAUUUGGAGGAUGUUGAUGCCUGGUGCCGCUGGUCUUAGUGCCGUCGGUGCGGUUGGUGCCGUUGGGGCGCCAGGGCCGGACGAGUUAGUCUCGGGCCUUGGUGCGUUGGCCGGUACUACGCCUCAACAAAAAGACACUACAUGGACGAAACUUUUCGUCGGGGGUUUACCUUAUCAUACAACCGACAAAAGUCUCAGGGAACAUUUUAACGUGUAUGGCGACAUCGAGGAAGCCGUGGUCAUUACCGAUAGGCAGACUGGCAAAAGUAGAGGCUAUGGUUUCGUGAUCAUGGGAGACAGGCCAGCAGCAGAGAGGGCGUGCAAAGACCCUAACCCCAUAAUCGACGGUCGCAAAGCAAACGUCAACUUGGCGAUUCUUGGAGCAAAGCCUAGGGGCAACCUACAAGCGAGUAAGUUUGCUCAGCAGUAUGUAAAUGCUUAUUGAAUGAAUACGAAUUAUGCGAAAUAUUAGGAAUAGAUUCUUCAAUUGCUGGUGUUUGGCCUUUUGUCGCUUGAGCGGUUUUGCACUUAUAUUCUGAUUAAUAUUUAAGUACUAAUUCUUUGGUUACUUCAAAUUACUAUUUGGUAUUCUAAUACUUUAUUUUUUAUAUAAGAAGAUUUCAAAUAUUCCUUCGAAGUUUCUAACAGUACAUGGAUAUAUAUUUUUUUAGUAUCAUAUUUACUGUUGAUGAAAUGAACAUGAACAAUCUUGGGCCAAAAAUUAUACUGUUUCAAAAGACAGUAAAAAAAUUCUUUGUUACAAUCAUUUUUCAAGAUUUCAAGAUCGUUAGUUUGUUUUUAAUAUUAUAUUUGUAUUUAAGAAUGCUUGGUUCAAAAGAUUUUAUCGAAUUUAACUCGUGAAAGACGAAUAAAUAGUUACUCUUGUUUUUAUGUUUUUCUCGACUUUCAUCAUUAAAUUGAAUGAAAUGAAUAUUGAAAUAUUUUAUCACAUAAUAACGAAUAAGAUAUUUAGAUAAUCGUUUUUAAUUUUAUAUGAAACAUUAUGCAAGUAUAUUAUAACAUAUAUCAUACAAAUAUUAACGCUAAUUCUUAAUAAAAUUUGUAUUAAUAGAUCAAUUUCAAGCCUUUUAUAUAUGAUCUAUAAUUCGUGAAAUUGGACAGAGAGUAACAGUUCUUUCAAAUCUUGUCUCGAUAUAUAGAGAGAUUUACCGGAAUAGAUGUCAUUUCUAAUCUAUCAGAUGAUUUUUGCGCGUCAUCGUCACGAGAUUUACGUUGUUGAAGCAUAGCCAAAUCAGCGAAUUUCGUUCGUCACACUAACAGAUAAUACAUGUAUACUUCUUGGACGCAGAAUCACGCUUCUGUUUGAUAUAUCGAGGAUACGUGUCCAAGUCACUUGGAAAUUCAUCAAGAAGGUACUCUUAAUGGGACAUUUAAUUUAGAUGCCAGUUAGAAAAAUUUGAAAUUUGUGCCUUAUAAAGAAAGUCAAAUUGUAUUAGAUGCCUUUCGUAUCGAAUGUUAAAGUAAAUAUUUAUAAAACAGAGUGUAAAUUAUCAAAACAAGUAAUUCUCAAUUAGGGAUUUUUCUUACUCAAUAGUAAUUUAUAUUAAAGAUCAUCUUGACGCAAAAAUUUGAAUAAUUAUUGAAUGAAAACUUUCCUCAAAAGAAGAAAGAAUGUCGCAAAAGACAAUUUUAAUGAUCACAAAAUAAAACAAAAUAAAAGAAAUAAAUGGCAAGUUUAUCAAAAAAAGGCAUCGAACUUAACAUAAUCACAUCUAGUUUAUUUAAGCCGAUAUAUUUCCUGUUAGUUAAUUAGAUUUUGUUAGUUUCUAAUCUAACUAUUUAAAUUAAUCGUAUAUAAAUUGAAGAAGUUGGAACAACGAUGA